AUGAGCAAUGAAACAGGGAUAAAUGCAUCAUUACCAUUAGUAAUUAUUGAAUAUAAAUUAUUAAGUCCAAUUUGUUUUUACUAUUUAUAGAUUACAAAAUUCAUGAAUAUAGUCCAUAAGAAUUAUAUGAAAACAAAGCGCGGUUAUUUGAAUCUUUAAUUGCAGAAUGGAAUCAUAUGAAUGAUAAAGAAAAAGAAAAAUAUAGAUAAAAAGUCAAAUUCACAAAUGGAGGCGAAAAAGCAAAAUGCCAAAAAGAAGUAUCUGCUCUUGAGACCUUAUAUGAAACAGCAGUUGAAUAGCAAGAAUUGAUUUCAUAACAAGUAAUACAUGAAAAAAGCUAAUAAAAAGAUAGUUCUGAAAAUCUAUCAUCGCAAUAAAUUAAAGAAACAUGUAUAUAUAUAAAUUAUUUUAUUUAAGAAAUUAGCACUAAAGUUAGACCUUUUGAAGAAUAAAAAUAGGAUUUUUAAUCUUCUUUAGAGCUAAUUUCAGAAAAAGAAACUAAUUAAUUAUACUAUCCUGUUUAAAAUGAAUCAACUCAAAUAAGAGAAGUACUUAACAAUGAAGAAUAUCAUGAGAAUGAGUAGAAUGAUAAAAUUAAAGUAAGAGAGGAAUCUAUUGAGAAUAUUAAAUAAGAAUAGGAAGCAAGUGAAAAAGUAAAUAAUCGGUAAAGGAAAAAGCAAGAUCCAAAAAAUAAAAAGCAUUCUAUGAAGGGAACAAAAAGAUCCGAUUAAAAGAAAGCAUUAAGCCCUACAAAAUAAAUUUAGUUAUAAAAUUAAAAGGAUGAAAAAUAUUUUUCAAUUGAUUAGACGCUUACAUUAAAAUAGCUCAAAGAUUUGAUGAAGAAUUUUUUUUGA